AAUGGAGGUGGAAAAAACAAAGUUAGGAACCCUAAAAGCUCCUACUCAUGGAAAGUUCAUUACAGUUCUGAGCAUUGAUGGAGGUGGAAUUAGAGGAAUUAUUCCAGGAAUUAUAGUUGCCUUUUUAGAGUCCGAGUUACAGAAGCUAGAUGGUGAGGAAGCAAGAGUUGCAGAUUACUUCGAUGUAGUUGCAGGGACAAGCACAGGUGGUCUGUUGACCAUCAUGCUAACUGCACCCAAUGACAACAAUCGCCCUAUGUAUGCUGCCAAAGAUAUCAAGUCCUUCUAUUUUGAUAACGGCCCUAAAAUUUUUCCUCAAGGGAGUUGGCCACUUGCUUCAGUCGCCAAAAUGAUCAAAGUAGUGUUUGGACCAAGGUACGAUGGCAAGUAUCUCCAUAAUCUCCUUAAGCAAAAACUGGGAAACAAAAGAUGUCAACAAACAUUGACCAACGUUGUAAUCCCAACUUUUGACAUCAAGCGACUCCAGCCCACCAUCUUCUCCAGCUUUGAGGUGAAGCGCAAGCCAUACCUCAAUGCCUUACUGUCAGAUAUAGGCAUUGGAACUUCCGCUGCCCCAACUUAUUUUCCUGCCCACUAUUUUGAAACCAAAGACUCUGCAGGAAAGGUGGAAAAAUUCAAUCUUGUUGAUGGUGGUGUAGCUGCUAACAAUCCGACUUUAAUUGCUAUUGGAGAAGUGACAAAAGAGAUUCACAGGAAAAGCCCAGAUUUCAAUUCUAUAAAAGCAGCUGAUCAUUAUGGUAGACUACUGGUACUAUCAGUGGGAACAGGUUCUCCUAAAGUUGAAGAGAAGUACACUGCAAAUGAAGCAUCCAGAUGGGGAGUGUUUGGUUGGUUAGUAAGUGACCAUUCUACCCCAUUAGUUGAUGUCUUCACUCAAGCAAGUGCAGAUUUAGUAGACUUGCAUAUGUCUGUGGUUUUCAAAAGCCUGGAAUCCGAAAAAAAUUACCUUCGAAUUCAGGAUGAUACAUUGAAAGGGGAAGUCUCCUCUGUUGAUAAUUCCACGAAGGAGAAUCUGGAAAAUCUUGCAAAGAUUGGAGAAGAGUUGCUGAAGAAACCGGUGUCAAAGGUGAAUUUAGAGACGGGUAGUUUUGGACCAUCGAAACAUGAGACCAAUGAACAAGCUCUUACAAGGUUCGCAAAGCUGCUCUCUCAAGAGAAGCACCUUCGUGAUCAAGCCUCAUCAUCUUAGAACCCCAUGGCAAAUAUUUGUGAUGCAGUUUGAGAUUUUCAGUGUUUUUUUUUCUUCCUUUGUUAAAUGAAUAAAAUAAGGCGGUAUGAGAUGAAUAAAACUAAUGCAAUAAAGUAUGCUUGAGACU